AUGCCUCGGGGUCAGAAGAGUAGGCUUCGUGCCCGUGAAAAACGCCGCCAGGCUCAAGAACAGCCCAGUGGUCUGGUGGAAGCUCAGGCCACUGUACCAGAGGAAGAAGAGUCCCCUUCCUCCCCAUCUCCUCAUUUCAAAGAUGUUCCCCAGAGCUCACCUGCCACUGGAACACCCAGCAGUCUCCAAGUGUCUGGGAGAGUCCGUUUCGCCACCACUACUGCUGCAGCUGUUUCAAGCAUAAGAUUUAACAAAGGUGCUGACAAUCAAGGGGAGGAAAGGCCAAAAGCCUCCCAGGCCCAGGAUACCACUCAGCACUGGCCCAGAGGCCCUAUUGACAAGAAGGUUGUUAUGUUGGUGCAUUACCUUCUGUACAAGUAUCAUAUGAAAGAGCCCGUUACCAAGGCGGAUAUGCUGAGAAAUGGGUACAAGAAUCACGUCUAUGAGAUCCUCAGGAAAGCCUCUGAGCAUUUGGAGCUGGUCUUUGGCCUUGACGUGAAGGAAGUGGAUCCCAACAGGAAUACUUAUGUCCUCGUCAAUAAACUGGAACUAAGCUAUGAUGCAAAGCCGAGUGAUGACAGAGAGGUUCCCAAGACUGGUGUGCUGAUGACUGUUCUGGGCGUGAUCUUCACGAAGGGCAACUGCGCCACUGAGGAGCAAGUCUGGGAAGUGCUGAAUAUAAUGGGGUUAUAUGCUGGGAGGAAUAACUUCAUCUGUGGGGAGCCCAAGAAGCUCAUCACCAAAGAUUUAGUGCAGGAAAGGUACCUGGAGUACUGCCAGGUGGCCAACAGCGAUCCCCCACGCUAUGAGUUCCUGUGGGGCCGGACAGCCUGCGCUGAAACCAGCAAGAUGAAAGUCCUGGAGUUUGUGGCCAAGGUCAAUGGUACCGUCCCCAGUGCCUUCCCACCCCACAAUGAACAGGCUUUGAGAGAUGAGGGAGAGAGAGCCCGAGCCAGGGCUGCAGCCAGGGCUCGUACUGCUGCCCUGGCCAGCGUGCGCUCCAGGGCCAUAGCCUGCAGCUCCUCCCGCCCCAAUAGAGUCUGA